CGGGCUGAAAAUAGGGCUGCGGCAGGGAAGUUGCAGGGUUUUUGAAACGGGACUAGCAAUAACAAGUGGAGAAUAAACAAUAUCUAAAAUUAUUGAUUGCAAUGGAAGAAGAAGAUAUAAGUGAGAGGAAACUGAAAAUUGCUUCUAUCUUGGAUAGAGUUAAAAGUUUUAAAACAAAAUAUGGCCUGGAAGACAACUGGACAGAUGAACUGACUUUUACAAAGUCUUCUGCUGACACUACAGAACACUCAGGCUUUUUUGGCCAUUUGGUGACUGAAAAGACUCCUGAGGAGUGGCAGAUUUAUCUUAUAAAACUGGAGAAUACGGGCCUUCCUCAGAGUGAUAGGGCACUACUUGGUAAACUGAUUGAUAACUACAGUCAGGCGGUCGAGUCAUUGCCUGCAGACCAACACAGCAAUAAUGAAAGUUAUGCUAAAAUUCUUGUUCGAUUUGCUGAACUGAAAGCGCUUAUUGACCCAGAUGAGGCACGUGACCAAUUUCAAUUUGCCAGAUUAAACUGCAAGAAAUAUGCUUUUGUACACACAUCUUUUGCCCAGUUUGAACUAUCUGAAGGGAACUAUAAGAAAAGCAAGCAAAUUCUUCAGAAAGCAAUAGAUUGUCGUGCUGUUCCAAUUAAAAUGCUGGAGCUAGCUCUGAAGAACUUGAAUUUGAAGAAACAGCAGCUAAUUUCUUUAGAGGAAAAAGAAAAUUUGUCAGAAUCUAAUGAAGAGCCAGCUGGAUAUCAAAGUUGCAUUCUGGGAAAUAGCCAAACAACGAGAAAUGGAAGUCCAGAGGAUGUCUCUGUGCACAUAAAUUUUUUGGAAGGAGAGAAGUUUAGCUCUCCUGAAGAAUCUUAUGGCAUUGGGAGUAAGCCUUUAAAAACCACGACCUGUCCGUUUGGAAGAGUUCCUCUUCAUUCAGUAACUCCUCCAGACAUAAUAAGUGAUGAUUCAAGCACUUCCAGUAAUGCCAAAAGGAAACCAUUAACUUCCAUAAAUGUGACAAACUUCCCUUCCUUCUCUAAACCAAAAGAGGCUCGAGAUGAAAACCAGUAUAGUUUUGGAAAUGUUAAGUUUCCAGUGAACCACAGCCCUACAAACAUGGAACAGUCCACUGAAGACAGCUUAGAAAUGAAUCACUUUAACAGAACUAGUUCAACCCUCACUGUCAAAGGAAAUCAAGAUGUACAUACAUUUGAUCAAGAUACUCCUGUACCUCAAAUUAAUUUUCAAGAAAAUAACACUCCAUUCAAACCUGAGCCAAAGGUUAUGGCAGAUACAAAGCAGCCUGAUCCUCCCAAACCAAACAGUGCUGAAAAAGAAUGGAGAUGGAAAGUCCCGGAGACACCAAAUGACAUUUUUUCAUCGGAGGGUAGACGAAUGAGUCUGGAGCCACUUUCUAAACCGGUUUCCAGGUGUGUGCAGGGACCAUCGCUUAGGAAAUGUGAUCCGGUACCUGAGUGUAAAACACCAGUUCAUAAACCAAAAGAGGACUAUAUGGAUUGUUUUCGAACCCCCGUGAUGAAAAAGGAAGUUGGACCAAUGUCCACUCCAUACGAUAGACUGUCAGAUUGUGGGCAGCCUCAAACUCCAGCAAACCUAUUUCUACGACCUGGCAGUUUUCCGAUAUUAUAUGACCAGUGCAGCAGCAGCAACGGUCUUGAUUUAUCUUCAAUAGGAAAACCAGCAAAUGAAAACCCAUGGACUCUGAAAUGA